AUGCGGAGACGCCUGUGGACGCUUCUCGGCCUCCUGGCGUGCGCGUCAGGCGAGUACCUGAUGGGCGGCCACCUGGACAACAAUGCCGGGUCAAGGACCCGAUCCGGCAAGAUCGAGAGCUCCUCCGCGUCGAGGCGCGAGAUACGUCUGGACGACCUUGACCUGGAUCUCGUGGCGGCGGAGAGCACCGUUGCCGCUGUCGCUGGCGCCGAGACGUCGACCGGCGACGACGGUGACGUUCCGCGCUACCACGUCCCGUAUCCUUUCGCCUUCAACGGCGGCAGGCCGUUCUCGCUGGAGAAGGACCCGGUGACCGGCAUGAUCGACUUCGAGAAGGCACCGCCGGUCAAGGCGCUCAACUACACCGGUCAUUAUCACGAGCGGGAGGAGAGCGAGGGCGACGAUGUCGGUGGCGACCGGGACGAGGAUCGGGGCGACGAGGAGAAGACAAGGCGCAAGGACGUCGACCACGACGUCAGGCCGAACGAGAUCAACGCGUACCCGCCUAACUUCCACAAUCUGCCCUUCCACUACUCGUCGGACAAGUACGGGAAUGACAAGUACCCGUUGAUCUCGAGCUCGUACGCCAACACGAAGGUGCAGAGCGGCGGCAACAGCUACAGCACGUACAAUCACAGGCCGCAUCAUCCUGAGAACGAUCUGUACGUGCGUCCCGUCAAGUACACCCACCCGGCGACGAUGAGGACCAGCACGUACAGGACCGUGACCGCCGGCGAUCUGAAGACGAAGGGAACGAGCACCGAAAGUCCGCCGACGACCGCGACCUUCGCAUCGCCGGGCACGGCGAACUCGUCGUACACUGCGCCGACCAGGGCGCCCAUGGUGACCACGUGGAAGCCGUCCGGUGGGUUUCACACGAUCGACCGCGCGGAGAUGGAAAACGAGAAGAAUCUUCUGCCGAUAGAGAAGCUGCACGCCUCCGGCGGCCACGCGGCGUCUCACCGAGACCCGGGCGACGGGACGACGGAGAAGGCGCAGGUCACCACUCGUUACAAGGACCAGCCGAACCUCAGCAAUUUCGUGCUGUCGCACGCGAGACCCGAGGCGAAACCGGCGCAGAACGAGGAGUACAAGGAUUCCUACGCCUACGAGUCGGACGGCGAGGGCGACGGCGACAGCGAGAUCAGCGAUUACUUUCUGUCAUUCGGGGACUUGUUGAAGGAGGACGUCACGUCGGCGCCGUCCACGACCGCCUCCACCACGACGACCUCGACCACGACGGUCGCGAGCACCGCCGCGGUGGUGACCGCAUCACCGGCGGGAACCACGACGUCGACGGUCGCGCCCCUGCGACCCGUGUCCUCCACGCCGCCCACGUUGCCCCAGGAAGACGCGGCCGCCAGCAAGCCGCUGCAAUUCCCAACGAUGCCGCAACAGCCUUUAUCCCCGAGCAACGACAGGCGACAGGGCGUCACGGAGCGCUACGACCGGUACAGACCGAGCCCGAUAAUCAGGCCGGAGCCGGACAGAGUGGGACCGGGAGUCGCGGUGGAGAGCACGAGUAAUAUCGUGAUACCACCGGACCAGGACACCGUGUCCUUCGUCCUGGGAAACCGCCAGAACGUCGACGGCGGCUACUACUCGGUCGGGACGGCCGUCGGGGAGAAUCCUUACGGCGGCUCGGCCGAGACCGAUCCUCUGGUCUGGCCGUUCCGCAACGACCCGCACGACUCCAGCACGAAGGAGGUGAAGCAAGAGCGUUUGCCCAUCUCCGUCGCCGAGUUGAGUCCCGACCGCGUCAAGUGGUGGGCGCCCAGUUCCAACCCUCUGAAGGACAGCAACGAGCUCGAGCUGGCGCGGCCUCCGAGUCCGCUUGUCGCUGCCGCGGGCACGGCGGUCCACGACACGCGGAGCCCGAGCAAGGAAAAGGACUCCGGCUACGUUAUUUUCCCGGACGACGAGACGAGGAACAAGAGCCCGUUGACGGAGGAGCACGUCGUGAUCGUGAACGAGGCUGACGGAAGCGUUCGCGAAUUACCGCCCAGGACGACGUUGACGGUGGCGAAUAAGACGAGACUCAACGCCGCGGACGACCUGGUGGUCGGGGAUCUACCGCAGCUCGCGGAGGACCUGGUGCCGCCCGCGGAGAGCUCCAGACCGCCCUCGUACUACUAUCAGUACCAGUCCGACGCGUCGAGACCGAGUCACUCGAGGCCGCAGAGACUGCCCCUGCCGCCGCGCAUCAAGCCGGGGCACUUGCCAGCUACCUCGCUGGACGCGGGGGUGAGGAAACGCCCGUACCCGCCGGACACGAAGCUGCCGAAUAUCCUGCCGCAGUUCCGACCCAAUGCGAAAGCGUCGCACGGCCACCGUGGCCCGGACGUGAUAGGGACGAUGCCGGCCGGGCAAACCGGCGCGUCCACGAGACUUAGACAGCCACCGCUGCCGGCCCCUCCGUCACGGAGGCCACUGCCACCGCCGCCACCCUCGUACCUUCAGCGCCUGAACCCGCCGCCGCCGCCGAUCCACGCGGUCAGACUGCCCUUCGCGCCGACCUCGAAAGUGGACGGCGCCGGCCCGCCUCACGAGACAGAGCCGACGAUACGGAGACUCCGUCCCCCGCUCGGGGCGCCGUCCGUGUCGCGCGGCGGCCCGGAGGAGAGCUCGCUGUCCAACAGACAGGGCGGCGAAAGCAGGAAGGAGGAUCGGAGCAAGAGCGAGGUCGUCGCGGACGAGCGGAGCGAGAGCGAGGGCUCGGAGAGAUACCCGGAGGAGCCGCCGAUGACGCCGCCGAGGCCGCCGCUGUUCCCGAAGCGCAGAACGGCGGACCCGCCGCGCGUCACGACCCUGCAGAUGAUACAGCACCACGGGGAAUUCGGCGACGAGGACGACGAGGCGCGGCUGGAGGAGCCCGCGGAGCCCGUGCUGGCGCACGAGGCGGAACGCCGCAAGUCGGACGGUCACGACCCUUCGGUAGCGCCGGAGCAACCGGUGUACGUCGUGUAUCCGGUCAACACCGCGGUCAACAUACACCCGGACGACUCCAACGAGAAGGACGGCAGCGUCGUCGUGGGUACGCGUGGCCCCCAGCGGCCGCUACCGCCCGACACGUUGCUGCAGAACGAGCAGGACGACACGCACACCAUUUACAACGGCAGACCCGUCGCCUUGGACUUCCCGUAUCCGCUGGAACGACCCGACCCGUCGUCCGUCUUCCCCGUCGUCGGCGUAAAAGAGACGCCCGUGUUGAUACCCAGCGAGCAACGACAGCAGCAGCAGCAACAGCUGCAGGCUGCGAUCGCCAACGAGCGAGAGAGCGAGAAGAACGACGUGAUCCCGUACUUGCAGGACCUGCCGCCGUAUCGGAAGAAGAACGACGCGGCGAUCUCGGUGACGCUGCACCGCACGGCGCCAAAAAGCUCAACGCCGACCGCGUCGACGUCCACCCCGACGCCGAUCGCCUACGUCUACACGCCGACGCACGCCCCGUACCCGGCGCAUCAUCUCGACGAGGACUUGGAGGAAGAUGACGCGAACGUCGACGCGAAGCAGACGGUGCUGCUGCCCUCGCAGCAGCCGUCCAGCUCCUCCAGCUCGGCGCCGGCGCCGCAGAACUUCAUGGCUCCUUUCGUUGCCAGCAUGAGCGCCGAGGCGCCGAGCAAGAACGGCUGGAGCGUCGUCGUCGUCGAGCCACCGGCGACGGCGGAGAGGAAGUCGGACGGCGACGGCGACGAGGCGAGACCCGCCGACUCGGAGAACGACGCGCAGACCGAGAGGAGCGAUUUCGACGCCGACAACUUUAAGCCGCAGCUCUUCGGCGGUUUCAAGCCGCUCUAUGAGUUUCCUACGGAGAACGCGGAGCGCCAGGACGUUGUCGACGCGGACGCCGAGAUAAACAUGCCCAGAAGCUCCAAGAAACUGCCGCCUAUACCUGACAAAGGAUAACUUGUUAAAGACACCUCGACCCUCUUCUCUUGAGCCUUGCUCUCGGACAUUUCGCUCGCACCUUAUUACUACUCUUCCCGCGUAUAUGUAAACGAAAACGCAGACGAAAGCGAAAACGAAUGCGAAACGUGCGCGCACAAGCGAAGGGAACGAAGAGCGAAUGUCUCUGCGCGCUGCUCGACGAAGAGAUACUUUUCGUGGAAAAGAGAGCCAACUCGCACGGUAGAAGACUGUACUCCAUUCUCACUCAGCUUAUAAUGUAUUAUUAAUAUAUAAGAACGCGUCGCAAUAUAAGAUAACAUUUAAUUUAUCGCAAUUAAAUGAGACUAGCGUUUGUUAAGUUCCACCCUGCGGCAGCGUUAACAUCGGCUAAGCGUUGGAAUACGUAGAAAAUAUUGACGCACGUAUCGCUAAUUGUAAGUAUAAACGUAGAGAAACGUUGAAUAAAAAUAUUACUGUAAGUUUUUCACGGGCAAUACCUUUGCAAUGUUUUGCGCGAUUGUGUUCAUUGUGUUCAAUAAGUGUUCCCGUUGGAAAAAAUCCAAAAAUUAAACCUUGUA